CGUAUUUCGCACGCCGUGAACGGGGAACGCGCGAUAGUACGCGGGAAAGCGAUUUUCGCGCCGAUUAAAACGUUUCAUCCACGAAAACCGCAAUCGCCAACUCCACGGUGCGCUGCAUCGUCUCGGUGUUGGCGCCACGACGUUGCAUCGUUUCCACGACGUCAAGAGAUAUUCUCUUUCUCUCAUCGCUUGAUAAAUCCUGCUUCUUUUCCGCAUCUUUCGCUAAAAAAAAAACGAUAUUUAUCGGUAUCGAUGAAGUGCACCGUAUAAUCGUCGCGCGAUAUUCAAGGACAAACAAUUCGAGGAUUGUGUCCAUUAUUUCUAGAAGAAUUAUAUUAUACUUUGUAUCUCUCUUCACCAUGACUACGUCGUCAGAAGAUGUUUUAAUGCAAGUGAGUCAAGUACGUUAUAAAAAAGGAGAUGGUACUUUAUAUGUGAUGAACGAACGAAUAGCAUGGAUGCUCGAUAACAGAGAUACUGUAUCUGUCAGCCAUAAAUAUGGCGAUAUUAAAUCGCAAAAAAUAUCACCAGAGGGAAAAUCAAAGAUUCAACUGCAGGUGGUAUUACACGACGGUACAUCAUCUACAUUUCACUUUGUAAAUAAAAAUGGACAAGAAGCACAAAUUAAAGAUCGAGACGAUGUAAAGGAGUUGCUGCAACAGCUACUACCAAAAUUUAAGAGAAAAGUUAAUAAAGAGUUAGAAGAGAAAAACAGAACCCUCCAAGAACAUCCCAUGUUGCUCCAAUUGUAUCGUGAUCUAGUUAUCACACAAGUUAUAUCAUCCGAGGAAUUUUGGUCUCAACAUGCUGCAGAGUAUACACAAGCCAAAAAGAUUCAACGCCAAGAGAUAGGUGUUAAUAGUGCUUUUCUAGCAGAUAUUAAACCACAAACUGAUGGCUGCAAUGGGUUAAAAUACAAUUUAACCGUCGAUAUAAUAGAAUGUAUAUUUAAGACUUACCCAGCCGUUAAGAGGAAACAUCAGGAAAAUGUGCCUCACAAAAUGUCAGAGUCUGAUUUCUGGACAAAGUUCUUUCAGUCACAUUAUUUUCACAGAGAUCGUAUCAAUGCUGGGACCAAGGAUCUUUUUACCGAAUGUGCCAAAAUAGAUGAUCAAGAACUUAAGAAGGAACUUCAAUCUGGGAUAAAUGAUCCUUUGGUAGAUAUCACUUCCUUCGAGGAUCAAACGCUGGAUGAAAACUAUGGAAGCGGAUGUAACAAGUCUGAUAAAACAUCGGGAAAUAUCGUUCAUCAAAGUAUGAUCAAGAGGUUCAAUCAACAUAGUAUAAUGGUUAUGAAAGCCAGCACUGCCAAACAAUCGACACAAACUAAUCAACCGCAAUUAAAUGGAUCUACACCGUCUGCGAGUAAAGUAACAAAUAACGAACUGGACGCUGGACCAAAGACUAAAAAAAGUAGAAUACAAGAAAAGCUAACUUACGAUGAUCUUGACACGAGCUGUGACAUACAUAUGAAUAAGGAAACACCAUUGCAUCUGUCGCAUGUAGAUAGAUAUUUGCAUGGACCUAUACCAGGAUAUGGAAAUACAGAACCAACUUCAGAAGAAUUACUUAUUACAUUAAGCCAAUUAAAAAAAGAGGCUUCUGGAUGGCUGUAUGGUAACAUGUUACCGCGACAGGCAGCGACAUCCUUAGUUAGUCCGGCUGCAGCAGUAUCGGCUUUAGGUGAAUUAACGCCUGGCGGAUCUUUAAUGAAAGGUUUUCGGGAAGAGAGUCUCGGACAAUUAAUACCAAAGGAUUUGGAGAAAGAAUUGUGUAAUGUAUAUGUAUGCGCAUGCGAGUUGUUGAGGCACUUUUGGCGAAGUUUUCCUCCAACGACACCACAACUCGAGGAAAAAGCAAUCAGAAUGCACGAAUCUUUACAUAGAUUUCAUUCUGCUAAAUUAAAACCUUUUGAGGAUCGUGUGCAAAGAGAAUUCUCCGCAGUUAGUCAACACUUGACAAGUCAUCUCAAUCAAUUGCUAACCGCUGCAUAUGGAAAGUUUGCAAUGUGGCAACAGCGGAAGAUGCAAAUGAGGUAGCCGUUCGUUAAAAUCUUUUAAAAAACAGCAAAAUAAAUAAAAAACAGAGCAAUAUUGAUCACAUAUUGCAUUUUGUAAUGUUACCGUAAUUAGAUAUUAAUAUGGAUGUAUUUUACAUAAAAAAAGGAAAAAACCAAAGCUAUGCCAGGUCACAUGUGUCCUGUGAUGCCACAUACUGUCUUUAUUUAUUAUUAUUACUUUUAAACAUAUUUAUAAAAAGUUUUUUCAAACUGUCUUCGCAAUAUAAUUAUCCGAAUUCAGUCGCAACUAAUGAUAUAUCAAUCCGUAACUAUGUAUAUUUUCAUAAUAUGUAGUUUAUAGCUUAUUUAUUUCUUCCAAUGGAUUAUACCACAUAUAUUUGAAAGAGCGUGUUCAUACUUAAAAGCGCACGAAUGUUCUAAAAAUAUCUCGUUAUGCUCAGAGAAAACAUGAGUUUAUAAAUCUUUACGCGAGGAAGAUGUAGUUGUAUAUAAUCAUGUAAUGUCUAUAUUAUGCGACUAUUUUGAUUUAACAAAAGUUUUUUGAAUGAGACGUGUGACUGCAAGUAUUGUACGAUAUCAAAAUAACUGUGAUACCGCCACUGUACAGUCAAGUUUGUUAAUAUAUUCUCUCGCCU